UCAAAUAAAUAAAAUACGAGUCUGAUAAAAAGUGGGGCCGAGGAAAUGCAUGGUCGUUAGCAGAGCGACUGUAGUUUCCAGGAACUAACAAAUUUGUAUUAGGAGGAGAAAGACGAUUUGGAGGAGGGCUGACUUUAGACUCCGGAGACUUGGUCUCAUUUCUUGCCUUUUGCCUUUGUAACUCUCUCUCUCUCUUUGAAUUCUGAAACGCACUCCAUAACUGCUAUUGUUGGGAGUCUCUCUGCCUCAACCUUCAUCUUUCUUUCUCAGAAAACUAACCAGACUUCCAUGCAAAAUAUUCAACUACCAAGUUUCUCAUCCUCUGCUCUGGCUCUGCCCUUUGCAUCCACUGUUUUUGCAAAGUUGUAAGAAAAAACUUCCAUCAAAUUUCAUGCAAAACAACUGCCUUUCUUUAGAGACUUGAAAGUUUUGAAGGUAGACCGUGAAAAUUGAAUAGGGUGGGUAAGGUAGGACCUGGAAGUUAAUUAGCUUCAAAGAAAUGAAUUCCAAGGGACCUAAAUUUGUAAGGUUUGAAGAUUGGAAAUCAGAAAUCUCUGUAAGUUAUGAAAGGGAAUCACCCACAAGUAAUGAUGGGUCAUAUCCAGGAAAAGCCAGAGAACAUGUGAAAGGAGUUUUGAGAAAUAUUGGGAGAGGUUUUAAGAGAUGUUAUGAGAGCAUUAGAAGCCUGAGAACAAAAACAUUAAGCUCUCGUACUACUUAUGCGACUAAGCGGCCGGAAAAAGAUGCGGCAUCUAAGAAAAAAAUUUUCGACCCGCAAGGAGCUUUUCUUCAGCAAUGGAACAAGAUAUUUGUGCUCUCUUGUGUUAUAGCAAUAUCGUUGGACCCGUUGUUUUUGUACAUUCCCACCAUUGAUACCAACCAGCAAUGCCUCAGUCUGGACACACCGUUGGAGAUCACUGCCUGUGUUCUUCGAACAUUUACCGAUAUCUUUUAUGUUGUUCAUAUUAUCUUUCAAUUCAGAACCGGGUUUAUUGCCCCUUCUUCUAGAGUAUUCGGAAGGGGUGAGUUAAUUGAUGAUCCUGUGGCUAUAGCAAAAAGAUACUUAUCCACCUAUUUCAUCAUCGAUGUUCUAGCAAUUCUCCCACUGCCACAAGUGGUAGUUUUGAUUGUCAUACCUCAGAUUAAAGGUCCAGUUGCACUGGUCACAAAGGACAUUUUGGAGUAUGUAAUUUUCUGUCAGUAUGUGCCAAGACUUAUAAGGAUUAUUCCACUAUACAGAGAAGUAACUAGAACUUCUGGCCUUUUCACUGAGACAGCAUGGGCUGGAGCUGCUUUCAAUCUCUUUCUCUAUAUGCUUGCUAGUCAUGUGGCUGGAGCAGUUUGGUACUUGCUCGCCAUUGAGCGAGCAGAUAGGUGUUGGCAUGAUCAAUUUAAGAACAAGCCUUGGGACCACAGUUAUUUAUACUGCGGUGAAGACAGAAAAGACUUACCGAUUGCAGACAUUAGUUUAGCACUAAAUACUUCUUGCCCUUUCAUUGAUCCUGAUGAGAUUAAAAAUUCUGGCAUCUUUAACUUUGGAAUAUUUGCUGAUGCUUUGACAUCUGGCAUUGUUGACUACGAUGAUUUUUCUACCAAGAUUUUCUACUGUUUUUGGUGGGGACUGCGCAAUCUUAGUUCUCUUGGCCAGAACUUAAAAACAAGCACUUUCGUGGGAGAAAUAAUUUUUGCAGUCUGCAUCGCUGUCUUUGGAUUGGUUCUAUUUUCAUUACUCAUUGGGAAUAUGCAGAAAUAUCUGCAAUCCACAACUGUGAGAGUUGAAGAAAUGAGAGUGAGAAGACGAGAUGCAGAGCAGUGGAUGACUCACCGCAUGCUUCCUCCAAACUUGAAGGAACGCAUUAAAAGAUAUGAACAGUACAAAUGGCAAGAAACAAGAGGUGCUGACGAAGAUAAUCUAAUUCGUAACCUUCCAAAGGACCUUAGGAGGGACAUAAAGCGUCACCUUUGUCUUUCUCUUCUCACUAGAGUACCAAUGUUUGAAAAAAUGGAUGAACAACUCUUGGAUGCUUUGUGUGAUCGUCUCAAACCAGUUUUGUACACAGAGAAAAGUUUCGUUCUCCGGGAGGGUGAUCCUGUUGAUGAAAUGGUCUUUAUAAUGAGAGGAAAUCUAGCAACAAUGACUACCAAUGGUGGAAGAACUGGCUUUUUCAACUCAGUUGAUCUUAAGGCUGGUGACUUCUGUGGAGAAGAGCUACUUACAUGGGCCUUGGAUCCCAACUCUGCCACCAGUCUCCCUACAUCCACCAGGACAGUGGAAGCUCUAACAGAAGUAGAGGCUUUUGCUCUCAUGGCUGAUGAUUUGAAGUUCGUUGCCUCCCAAUUCAGGAGGCUUCACAGUAAACAACUCCGGCACGAUUUCAGAUUCUACUCCCUGCAAUGGAGGACAUGGGCUGCCUGUUUUAUACAAGUGGCAUGGCGGCGACAUUGCAAGAGGAAGCUUGACAAGUCUUUACGUGAAGCAGAAGACAGGCUGCAAAAUGCUUUGGCAAACGAAGUUGGGAGCACACCAAGUCUUGGUGCUACUAUUUAUGCAUCAAGGUUUGCUGCCAAUGCACUGCGAACCAUGCGAAAAAAUGGUGCUGUAAGUGCCAGACCACCACAGAGAUUGCUACCAUUGCUGCCUCAAAAACCAGCUGAGCCUGAUUUCACUGCAGAAGGUCGUUAGUGGUGCUGUGCUUCAUCAUAGUGACUUCACAAUGAUCUAAGUUUUGUUUUCGUAUGCAAGUAUGUGUGGCUUCAGAUUUCUGCGCAUAAGAUGUAUAAAAAUAAAAAAAUAAAAACCAAAUAUACCAAAUUUUCUGUUCUCUUUUA